UUACAAACAAACACAUUGCAACAUCCAACACUGAAAGAAAGACAUGGAGAAAACAUCUUCACCGGAAUCUGCCACAAUCUCCGUCAAAUCUCCGACAACCACCGUCGGAGAGAUGGAAUGUUCAUUGUUCGACGAAAGUAGCAUUCACGACAUUGACUACUUCGUUAAGACCAUAGCUCAGAUCAAAGCCAAAGGUGUUCGUCCCGAUCUCAUCGGUUCCAUCAUCACUCAUUACGCUUCCAAGUGGCUCCCUGACCUCUCCGACAUCUUCACAACAAGCCCCGAUGGUCCGAACCAACAACAGCAGCAACUACAGUCGGAGAGCUUCUCCGUAACGGCGUUUGUUAUGAAGAAACGUUUCUACGUGGAAACACUCAUCGGCAUCAUCCCGCCGGAGAAAGACUCUGUUUCUUGCGACUUCCUACUCCGUCUCCUCAGAACGGCGAACCUCGUCGGAGCAGAUCAUAACUACAAGGCGGAGCUCGAGGGGAGGGUUUCGUGGCAGCUUGACCAAGCUUCGCUCAAGGAGCUGAUGAUACCUUCGUUCAGUCACACGUGCGGGACGUUGCUAGACGUUGAGCUAGUGACUCGUUUGGUUAAGAAGUUCGCAGGGUUAGAUAACGAAGGAGUCAAGUCUGGUGCUUCUCUUGUUAAAGUGGCCAAGCUUGUCGACUCUUACUUAGCUGAAGUGGCCGUUGACGGCGAUUUAAGUCUCGUGGAGUUUGUUUCCCUAGCAGAGGCUCUCCCUAACCAUGCUCGUGGAACAGAAGAUGGCUUGUACCGCGCAAUUGAUACCUACCUCAAGGCACAUCCCAAAGUGACCAAGCAAGAAAGAAAGAGACUUUGUGGACUAAUAGACAGCAAGAAGCUAUCAGUGGAGGCAUCUCUUCACGUUGCGCAGAAUGAUCGUUUACCGGUUAGAACUGUUAUUCAAGUUCUGCUCACUGAGCAGGCGAAAAUGAGUCGUAGCCGUCACAACAACAUUGAUUGGAGCGGCUUAACGUUCAGUCCAAACCCUUCUAGUUCACACUACUCAGAGUCAGGUCCAGCUCGGUGCAUGUCCAAACGCGAGAUGAAUGUCCAGCAGAUGGAGAUAAAGAGACUGAGAGAUGAUGUGGCGAAGCUCAAGAGCGAGUUUGAAGCAAUGCAAAUGAAGUUGGAGAAGCUGGUUGAGAAGAAAUGUAGUAGUGGGAGUAAAGGUUUUUUUAGGUGGAAGAAGUUGGGAUUUAGAAGUGGUUUUAGCGUUAGCGUUGUGGAUAAGAAUGGUGAAGAGUUUGGUGAUAAUGGAGAAAGAGAAGAAUACUUUGGGUAUGAGACUCAGACACCUAGUAAUACGAAGACAAAGCUUGUCAAAGGAAGAACACCUUCUAGGUGGAGAAAAUCAAUGUCUUGAAAAACAAACAGAGUUUUCUUUUUAUCAUGUCCUUAUUUAUUUUCCGUUAUGUUGUUAUUUUUGUUUUUGUUUAUGUUGCUGUUCUGCAUUUAUAUUGAAGCUCUUGUCAAGCUAAUACUUGUAUAUUUUCAUUGCUAAUAAUAAGUCAUAUGGAUGAGUUGUGGGAUAA